UAGCCAUUCUUAGACGCUUCACGCCAGCAACUCUGUGGUAAGCUUAAAGCUUGAAACUUCCCCUGCAGCAAUCUCGGUAAUCGGUCCCGUACGCCCCUUAGUCUAGGUCAUCCCUUAGGCAUGCCCGUUGCAAAGGAGGCAGACGACGAAAUUCUAGUCGCCCUCCUGUGUUGCUUUGUUUUUUAUUUGUGUUCUUCUUUGCAGUGUGUUAUCCGCCGAAAUUUUCCUUAUAAUCAAUUCUGUAGUCGCUCGUUUUGAUACUUACCACUCUUUUGCAAUGGCGACAACAACUUCCGUGACGAAAGUGUUUUUGUUUAACACCGACCCACAAACACUCGUUGCUGAUGUCCUUGCGGCAGACGCAACGGCCACUACAUUCCUUCUCAACUGCCCAUCCGGCACCGACAGCAACGAUUGCGGUACUUACAAUGAGACUGUAGUCGUUGGGCCCUGGGCAAAGCCCACACCUCCUCCAGAAGCAUCCACCGGCGUUUAUGAUCUUGAGAUUAAGUUGGACACGGAAUGGUACUUCCAUAUUCACUGCGACAUGACAGGGACUGCACCUGGUGUCUGCACAACUACCAACAUUGGAGGAAACGACGAUGGUUCUCCGACUGCCACAUACACUCCCGAAAGCACCGAUUGGAACUAUAUGCCUGUUACCAUUACUGCAGGCCUUGAAAAGUUGGCGAGCGCCACAGGCUCGGCAGCGUCUGCCUCUGCCUCUGCAUCCAGGAUUACAAGUGGCUCCAGCACCAGCACCAGUGCCAUAAUAUCGGGUACUGUGUCGGGAACUCAGAGCGCUACAGCAGCUACUGGAACGUCAGCAGCCAUACUGGGACGCGGUGAGCCACUCACCGGCACCUUGGCUCUUGCUGGUCUCAUUCUCGCCUGGAUUUUACAAUAAAUAGCAUUUAGAGACAGCAUUAAGAGUGAUAGGGUGACAGGUUUGCCCCAUCAUACUUCACUAUACAUCCGUUGAAUGCCUCAAUUCAAUCCGACUCGAUCAAGAACGACCCAUAUUGGAUAUAUUACGUUAAUACAUCAUAUGCUGUUUCUGUGCGCUGUUUUAAACUUUAAACAAUUUCAUUGGCACUGAAGCUCCUUCCACCCCCGCUUUGUGGGUAAUUCAACAAACAAGCUACAACUAAGUAG